UGUGACGAAUACGGUGUCAGCGACCUGAGGAAGUUAUGGCUGCUCGGUUUGUCUUCGGAGUACCCCGGGGCUGGAACAGCUUGUGGGGAUGCUCGCUACGGGGUCCCGCCGCCCCUCGUAGUCUCUCUUUGCGGGGAUAUGCUAAGAAGCCAGUCAUAAAAGGAGGCAAAGGCAAAGCGUUACCUGCACAGGCCCUGAAGGACCCCGAUGUAUGCAAGGACCCCGUCCUGCUUACCACACAUGCCAUGGGGGUCAACAUCUACAAAGAGGGCCCUGAAGUGGCCCUGAAGCCUGAUUCAGAGUAUCCUGAUUGGCUCUUUGAGAUGAACCUGGGCCCCCCCAAGACACUGGAGGAGCUGGACCCUGAAAGCCGGGAGUACUGGCGGCUCCUGCGGAAACAAAACAUCUGGAGGCACAACAGGUUGCACAAGAACAAGAAACUGUGAUGGAAGACAGGGAGGGCAGUAGCAUCCCUCUUCUCAGACAUGCUGUGAUGGGAGAUCCCCUAGGGACUCCCUCCUGGGCCCUCAUACCAAGAUAGGACUUUGGACGACUGGGGAAGAGGCCACAGAGAAAAGGGUUUUCUCCCAAGAACAUUGUAUUUUUUCUAGAGGGGGGAAGCAAGACGUGGAAGAGAUAGUUCCUUUCCUUCUGUUCUUGGACCAUGAUUCUUCAAUCCCAUCUCUUAUCUUACCUUCUGAGGUUCCCAGCAACCCCUUGUACUACAAGGCUGGCUGGCAGGACCUGGGCCCAAGACAGGGGAAUAAAGCCCUCCCAGGAGUUUCUUUGGGAGCAGAAUGA